GAGGCCUACACUUCACGUUCGCUGCUGCACACGCGCCCUGUAAAUCAUAUCGCUGCGAACAACUUUACACCAUCUGCCGGCGGUCCGCCUCAUCCAUCACAAUCCAACGCACAGGACCAGAUGGCGACCAUCAGGGCUUUGGACAGACAGCUAAGUCUAUACAGCCAACAGCUCGCACAAGGCUAUCGGACGUUGGAUCCAGAGGAGAUCCCAGUGUCAUCUCCAGGCGACCCCGACUCGGCCCCAUCUCCGACCAACUCCGUCAUUGACGAGGUGCUUGCGAGUGCUCCAUAGAGCGGAAGUUCGACUCAGUACACCGGUCAGCGAGUAACAUUGUCCGCUCCGGAUGGCGACGGUUAUAGGCGGGUGCUUGCUGAAGACGUUACCACACCGACUCGCUCUGCCCGUGUUGCAAGUACAGGUUCAUCUCUUGCCGUGCGGCAUGAUUCGACCAUGGCGGAGGUAGGCCAGCGACUGGAGCAGAGCAGUGCAACCACACAAGUGCCGCGAGUGUACUCAACCCGAAUGCUCAUGCGUCUCGGACAAUCGAUGUCUGCAACGCCCAGCGUGCUUACUGCGACAGAGGGUGCUGCUAGCGCCGUCUUAGACCAGCCGCAGUACGCAGAUACCGCAAUGCGAGAUCCACAAGACGAUGUAUUUAGCGACAUCGCGCAACGCGCUGCCAUGUCUGAGCAUCAGCAGCACGACCCGCGACUAGACGACUUCGCAUACCACAACACUCGGCCACAUCACCACUCUCUCCACGCUGACUCAGAGCAGCUACGCGAAGCACAGGAGGAUGCCCGUGUAUUCACCGCGGCUGCACGAGCACGCUUCCGGCAGCAUCUACCCCCCACACAUCCACAUCCGGAGAUCAAGCUGACGCGCCACGACGACGGCGACCUCGUUCGCUACGAUCUAGAUAUAAGCCGUCACUCCACCGAUCUUGGGCAGCAACGCUGGUGCCAACGGAAUGUUAUAAGAUUCAACUGGUGCAACGCCCGGCGUAAUGGCUCCCUUCGCGGUAGCGCUUGGCGCUCUGUGGAAGUCGAUCCGGCGAACGUGGGUAUACUCGGCAUUGAGCGUCUGGACGCUAUUGUGGGCUUUGAGAUUGAAGUUGCCGUCGCACGCGGAUGUAUUUUGGAGACACUUGGGCAGGAGAUCUGGGCUGUGUGGUGCGGGAGUGGGGAGGAGAGGACGGUGUACGAGGUGGAGGAGGAGGAAGAGGUGGUGGUACGUGGUUACCCGCGCUCGCCAUGGUGGAUGGAAGAGAUGCUCAACAGAGAGUUGUGUGUCGGAUUUGAGCUGCGAAUGGGUGGUGCCGACGGCUCAGCUGUCUACACUGCCGUCUGAAUAGCCUUGCUGGAUCUAGUCUAGUGUUACUGCUUAAGCUAAACGAUCGUCCGUGCUAAUCACGCAGCUCCGCUCUAUUGGUUUCUGUGGAACUGCACGUGCUUGUUUACGACUUGCUGCGACGGUAUUCCA